AUGGACAAUAGUAAAAUUUCAUCAGACGAUUCGCUGACUUCACAUGAUACACCUCCAUUUUUAUCUCACAUGUAUAUUGAUCAAAAGAUUCAUUCAUUCAAUAAUAAAUUUAAUUAUUUAAAACCAUAUUUAUCAAAAGGUUCUAGAGGAUCUUUACCUUAUACACUUAAUAUACCUGAGUCUAUACCAGAGGUUUCUGUUUCACCACGUCGUCAUUCCGUAUCAUUCAAUCUAGUUGAUAGUCAUGCACAAAAUUCUUCACAUCAUCAACGUUCAAGUUCAUCUUUAUUGGACGAUAUCAUAAUUGAACCCAUUGAAUUUGAGAGAUGUUUAUCUCCUUUAAGGGCAUGUGAUUUAGCUGCGCCAUGUAGUAAUACAUUCGAAGAAGUUCUGAAAACACUUAAACAAGACAACCGCGAUGAUCGUUAUAGCAAUGAUGAAUUUAUUGGUUAAGAAGGAAUUGAUAUUUCACCGCGACACCUGAUUUAUAUCUCUUAUUUGUAUAUAUAACGUUAUAUGAAAAAGUGCUUAUUUAAAAUUAUAGAUGAAUACAGUUUACUUAUGGCCACCAGCACAUUUUUUAUUUUUCUUUGUCUUAUGUAGUCAGUAAUUAUUUUAUUAUGAAGUAUUGAAAACAACUUCUGGCAAAUCAGUAAGUAGCUUAUGUUUUAACUUACAUGUGCUUUUUACUUCAUCACAGGUGAUUCAAUAUUUGUUAGAACUUACCAAAAAGACCCACACGAAAUUUGACAAUUUAGUCUUA